AUGGGUAAGAAAGUGAAACGGAUGGCCGAGUCCAAGACUCUCCUUAGGGAGAUUGCAGAGCUUUUCAAUAAAACAGACCAUGCCGACGUCAAAAUCCGUAUCGGCGAGUUCGAGUUGCCGGCCCACGGCUUAGUCCUAGCGGCUCACAGCCCAUACUUCAAAAAAGCCCUCAAGGGCAACUUCCAAGAAAGCGAGAGCAAGACGUUUCAAUUCCGCGAAGGAAGUGCACAUGCGUACUGGAGAGUCUUCGAGUUCAUGUACACCAACAAUUAUUCCGAAGAAGUCGAAUCGAUCGAAGCGCAAGGUGGCUACUCAGUACUUCGAACCGAGACCAGUGCUAAUCUUUACACAGAUGACGCCGAUGAACUGACGAAGCACGUGCGAGUCUAUGUCUUAGCAGAUUUCUUCUUAAUGCCAGAACUGAAGAGAUUUGCCGUCGAAAGACUCAAACCAAAGCUUAAAGAGCUUUGGGGCCGUAGCCCCUAA